AUGUCGACAUCAUCUGCUUCGGGCGAGGCUCACUUCAUCAUCGGUGGCUCGGGCUUCCUCGGUUCUCGCAUCGCUCUUGCUCUUCGUCAACGUGGCGAGAAGUAUGUCUCAGUUUUCGAUCUCCACGCCGCUCGUCAGCCCAUCGAAAAGGUCGACUACUACACCGGCGACAUCACCUCAGAAGACUCGCUUCGUAAGGCGCUCAUCCAGGUCCGCGACAAGGCCGGUAUCGAGUCUGGCGCAAACAAGGGCAUCGUCAUCUACCACACAGCCAGCCCCGUUGCUGGUCUCGGCCCAGAGAUCUACCACAAGGUCAACGUGGUUGGUACACAGACCGUCAUUUCUGUUGCCAACAAGUCCGAACUUGCUGUCACAAAGCUCGUCUUCACAUCAAGUGCAGGGGUCGUCUACGAUGGUAACAGCUUGAUCAAUGUUGAUGAGCGUCUUCCCUACCCCUCAAAGCCUCUUGACGCCUACAAUGACACAAAGGCGAAAGCAGAGAAGCUCGUAUUGCAAGCCAAUGAGAAGCAAGCAGGAAGGCUCAAGACGAUAGCUCUCAGGCCAGCAGGUAUCUUUGGUAUUGGUGACCGACAAGCACUCCCCGGCUUCUUCAACCUCCUCCGAACACGCAAGACUCACUUCCAGAUCGGUGACAACCAGAACCUCUUUGAUUGGACUUACGUCGACAACGUCGUUCACGCCCACCUCCUUGCCGCUGAUAAGCUCGAUGCUCCUGGCUACCCUGCUCAGAAGCUCGGCGAGGUCAUGAUCUCGACAAGAAUCCUUGCAGAUGACCAGCUCGAUUCUGAACGUACCGUCCCCACAAGCGAGGCUCGAAGCGACACUCCCACCGGCUCCACUGACUAUGCCCGCAAGCUCACCACCACUCUCAGCCCAGAAACGCUCAAGCACCAACUCAACGUCCGCCCUGUCAUCCGCAACAAGUACGACCAGUUCUUCCACUUGAUGAACCCAGACAUUGCCAGUCCCGGUAACCCGCUCGGUGACCAGACUCCUCUUGUCGAGCAAUCCAUCCCUGUCGCCGGCGAGGCGUUCUUCAUCACUAAUGGCCAACCCAUUCCCUUCUGGGACUUCCCACGUGCACUGUGGGCCGGCAUGGGUCACGUCAUGCCACAGGAAAAGGUUUGGAAGAUCUCCAAGGAGUGGGGUCUUACUUUGGCGGGUUUGGCAGAGACCUUCUCUUGGUUGACAGGAAGGGAGUCGCAGUUUACAAAGUACAAGGUUACUUACUCGGCAAGCCCGCGUUACUACAACAUUGAAAAGGCGCGUAGAGCGCUAGGCUAUGCACCCAUCGUUAGCGUUGAAGAGGGUAUUCGUCGUAGUUGGUGGAAGAGCGAACACCCAGAAGACUUUGUCUCUACCAAGGCUUGA